GAAGGUGGAGCGCUCGGGGUGGACUGCUGCCCUCCGGUCGCCAUGGGGUGCACGGCUGGGCAGCUCGGCUCGUCGCUUCUGGGGCUGUGGCUGCUGCUAUGCAGCUGGGGGUGCCCUGGGAGCGCCGAGCUGCGGGCCCCGCCGGAUAAGAUCGCAAUUAUUGGAGCUGGAAUUGGUGGCACUUCAGCAGCCUACUAUCUGCGGCAGAAAUUUGGGAAGGAUGUGAAGAUUGACCUGUUUGAAAGAGGAGAGGUGGGGGGCCGUCUGGCCACCAUGACUGUGCGAGGGCAAGAAUACGAGGCAGGCGGUUCUGUCAUCCAUCCUUUAAAUCUGCACAUGAAGCGUUUUGUCAAGGACCUGGGUCUCUCUACUGUGCAGGGCUUUGGUGGCCUAAUGGGGGUGUAUAACGGAGAGACUCUGGUGUUUGAGGAGAGCAGCUGGUUUAUAAUUAACAUGAUUAAACUAAUUUGGCAGUAUGGAUUUCAGUCCCUCCGAAUGCACAUGUGGGUAGAGGAUAUAUUGGACAAGUUUAUGAGGAUCUACCGCUACCAAUCUCAUGAUUACGCCUUCAGUAGCGUAGAAAAGUUACUACAUUCUCUAGGAGGGGAAGAAUUCCUUGGAAUGCUUAACCGAACACUUCUUGAAACCUUGCAGAAGGCAGGCUUCUCUGAGAAAUUCCUCAAUGAAAUUGUUGCUCCUGUCAUGAGGGUCAAUUAUGGCCAAAGCAUGAACAUCAAUGGCUUUGUGGGGGCAGUAUCAAUGGCUGGUGCAGAUUCUGGCCUUUGGGCAGUAGAAGGUGGUAAUAAGCUUGUUUGCUCAGGGCUCCUUCAGGCGUCGAAAAGCAACCUUAUAACUGGCUCAGUAAUGUACAUAGAGGAGAAAACAAGGACCAAGCGGACAGGAAAUCCCACAAAGAUUUAUGAAGUGGUUUACCAAAUUGGAUCUGAGACACGUUCAGACUUCUAUGAUAUCAUCUUGGUGGCCACUCCAUUGAAUCGAAAAAUGUCCAACAUAACUUUCCUCAACUUUGAUCCUCCAAUUGAGGAAUUCCAUCAGUACUACCAACAUAUAGUGACAACGUUAAUUAAGGGGCAAUUGAAUUCAACUCUUUUUAGCUCUAGAGCCUUAGACAAAUUUGAUCUCAGUACAAUCUUAACCACUGAUAAUUCAGAUUUGUUCAUUAAUAGCAUUGGGAUUGUGUCCUCUGUAACAGAAAAUAAUCCUCAACCAUCAACAGAAAGGGCACAUGUUUGGAAGAUAUUUUCUCAAGAAAUUCUCACUAAAGAACAAAUAUUGAAGCUCUUUUUAUCCUAUGAUUAUGCUGUGAAGCAGCCAUGGCUCGCAUAUCCUCACUAUAAGCCUCCAGAGAAAUGCCCCUCCAUCAUACUCCACGAUAGACUUUACUACCUCAAUGGCAUAGAGUGUGCAGCAAGUGCCAUGGAGAUGAGUGCCAUUGCAGCCCACAAUGCCGCUCUCCUUGCUUAUCAUCGCUGGAAUGGGCACACGGACAUGAUUGACCAAGAGGGCUUAUAUGAGAAACUUAAAACUGAACUAUGAAAUAAUACUGAUCACUUUCUUUUCCCCCUCCUGGUUCCAAAUGGAAUAUCACUGGCAAAAAAGAACACAAUCUGAGCAGAGAUGAUUUUGAAUCGGAUAUUUUGCCAUGUAUUAGUGUUAUUUAACAAAAGUAAUCCCAGUGAGUUGUGAGAAAAUACAGGUUUCUAAUUAAGCAUGAAGGGGUUAACUACUGUAUAUACUAUCUCCAAAAUUUAACUCUUCUUUUAAUAUCUGCCAACAGUUUAGAAUCACCUUGAGUCUGUUAAGCAUGUGGAUUCUCUAGCUCCUCUGCAGAUUCUGAUUCACUAGGUCUGGUGGGUGGGGGCCCUGAAUUUAUUUUAAGCUGAGCACUUAAGAAAGCAUUUAAAGACGUAACUUUUAGUUGGGGACUAGUUUAUUUGUGCUUCACAGGUGGAAGUGACCUUCAGUCAGAAAGUUAAAACAACUAUUGGAGUUGGUACCCUAUGCUUGGCUUUAAUUACCUUUUUUUCAAAGUAGAUGUGCCCAUGCCAGAAGCCUUGACUUUCUGAAUAUUCUUUUGAUCCCUUCUGUCCUGAUUUUUAUUAGGGGUUAAAUUCAGAAACCUUAGUAGUAGUAUAACUUUGUCAUACAAAAAAUCUCAAAUAAAUUGAAAACAAAUAUAGGCUAUUGAUUUAGGAAAUUGGCAUUCUAUUAUCAAAUCCUCACCUAUGGAACUUUAAAAAAUAUUGAAAGACCCCCAUGCAACCAGAGAUUCUGAUCUAAUGAAGACUGGAUCUCAGCAUUGUAGCUAAAAAGUUCCUAAGUGGCAACCUGGGUUGAGAAUCACUGAUAAUGGUUUAAGAGGUCUCCAAAGGGUUUUUAGUGCCUUAAAAGUCCCUAGAAACUGAAUGCAUUAUCAAAGCAGGUUCAUUUCGUGAAUAAUUUCUCUCAAUAAGAACUCUAGUAGUAAUCUUGAUAAUAGCAUUGACAGUCUGACAAGAGGCAGAGCAGUUGACACUAGAGUAGGAGAUUCAGAAUGACAUUACAGUUGAUCAAAUCCAGUAUAUGUUCAAAUGGUUAAAUGCUUCUAAAACUACUGGAGCAUUUGGGGUGAGGAACCAAUUGUUGAAAUCUUGUCUUUAAGGCAGUAGUUCUCAACUUUGGCUGCAUACUGGAAUACAUCUAUAAGACUUUAAAGCUUCUCAAAUUCUACUAUGCAACCCAACUUAAGAACCAGUUCUACAUCUAUUAUACAAAGAUCACAAAUAGCUGUUCUAUAGUCACUACAGCAGGACAGAACAAGUAAAAGCUUGUGAAUUCUAAAAGUAACUAUAACAGAGCUAACAUAUACUGUUGAGAAAAAAGUCCAUCACCAGAUUAUGGCAGUAGCUACUUCAGCAAAAUGGUAUUGAUUCUUUCUUAAAAUGAUUUUUUCUCUACUAUAAUUGUGAAUAUUAAUAUGCUGAUAAAACUGCCAAGAUAUAUUUGAUGUAAAGGCAGUGAUUAAACUUAUGGUUUGUCAAAGGGUCAGCUUUUUAAAAAUUUUAUUCUUAAAUGAGCAUGUUAAGAGGUAGUCACACUUUUUUUCCCCUUUGUGGUUUUAAUGAGGACAAUAUUGUAGAGAAUGUAAUAUUGUGUUAUAUAUCUAUAUAUGUUGAAGACUGGUGAAUAAAAACUGUUAAUAGUUAAUUUCUAUCACUCACAGACCUGUUUUGUGAUGUGACAUCUGUAUUUAUUUACCAGAACCACAAUUUAAAAUGUUGCUGUUGUAUCUAAGUUUUCCAAAAGCAACUGCAAAUUGCUUCCUCCAAGAGCAAAACAUUUUAUCAAUGUAUCAAGCUUAAUAGUUUUAAUGCAAAAAGCAUUAAACAAAUUUUUUUUUUUUUUUUUUAA